AGCCUGAAGUGACCGACAUGGAACGCAUCCUGGGGCGGUCUCGCGAAUCAUCGGACACCGUCGGCUUUUUCCGGUGGAUCUCGAUCAGUUAGCUAGCCAAGCCGAUUAGCCUGGUGCCACCAGCUAGCUAAUGUUCGCAGGAUAUUUAAUGUUAGCUGACUUGGAGUGGAUGAUACAAAUAGUGUAGAAAAAUGGCGGACGUCGAGGGACAAGGGAGUUGUUCAUCGGUCCCUCCGCUGCCUCACCCUUCCUCUAGUAACGGCUCCGGGAGCGGUAACGUUACACCCGGCACCAGCGGCAGCUGCCAGACGGCAACCACCGUUACUUCAGGCCCGCGGCUAGUUCGAAUAGUGAAGUCGGACUCGGGCUAUGGUUUCAAUGUUCGGGGGCAAGUAAGUGAAGGAGGGCAACUACGAAGCAUUAACGGGGAACUGUACGCUCCGCUGCAGCAUGUCAGUGCCGUCCUACCGGGAGGUGCCGCGGACAGAGCCGGUAUUUCGAAGGGAGACAGGAUUCUUGAGGUUAACGGGGUGAAUGUAGAGGGAGCGACCCACAAGCAGGUGGUGGACCUGAUCCGGGCUGGAGAGAGGGAACUGGUGUUGGCCGUGCUGUCGGUCCCGCCCCAGGAGGCCGACUGCCUGGAUCCUGGAGACGAUGGUUCAGCCCAGUCCUGCUACGACUACUCCGACAAGCAGGCCGUCCCCAUCUCUGUGCCCAGCUACAAACACACUGAGCUCAAUCAGGAAAAGUUUGUGGUAUAUAAUGUGUACAUGGCCGGCAGGCAGCUGUGCUCCAAACGCUACCGAGAGUUUGUGAUCCUACACCAAAACCUGAAAAGGGAGUUUGCCAACUUCACAUUCCCCAAGCUCCCUGGGAAAUGGCCUUUUUCCCUUUCGGAGCAGCAGCUGGACGCACGACGCAGAGGCCUGGAAGAAUACCUGGAGAAAGUGUGCUCUGUGCGGGUAAUUGGAGAAAGUGACAUCAUGCAGGAGUUCCUGUCUGAGUCGGAUGAGAACUAUAACGGCGUGUCAGAUGUGGAGUUGAGAAUAGCCAUGCCCGAUAAAACCACACUCACCGUCAGAGUCCGUAAAAACUCUACCACAGACCAGGUCUACCAGGCCGUGGUUAUGAAAUUAGGUAUGGACAGUAUAACAGCCAGCUACUUUGCUCUGUUUGAGGUCAUCAACCACACCUUUGUGCGUAAGCUUGCCCCCAACGAGUUCCCCCACAAACUGUAUGUACAGAACUAUACCUCAGCUAUCCCGGGAACCUGCCUCACCCUGCGGAAGUGGCUUUUCACUACAGAAGAGGAGAUUUUGCUCAAUGACAACCAGCUUGCUGUCAACUACUUCUUCCACCAGGCUGUGGAUGAUGUGAAGAAAGGUUUCAUCAAAGCAGAGCAGAAGUCCUACCAGCUGCAGAAGCUAGCAGAGCAGAAGAAGAUGUCCAUGUAUCUGAGUUUGUUGAGGGGUUGCGAGGGCUACAAUGAGAUCAUAUUCCCUCACUGUUCCUGCGACUCCCGGCGUAAAGGCCACGUCAUCACAGCCAUCAGCAUUCACCACUUUAAGCUGCACGCCUGCACCGAGGAAGGGACACUUGAGAACCAGGUGAUUGCAUUUGACUGGGGGGAGAUGCAGCGGUGGGACACGGAUGAAGAGGGCAUGGCCUUCUGCUUUGAAUAUGCACGAGGAGAGAAGAAACCACGCUGGGUCAAGAUAUUUACACCUUAUUUUAACUACAUGCACGAGUGCUUCGAGAGAGUCUUCUGUGAGCUGAAGUGGAGGAAGGAGGUGGAAGAGGAGGCUACAGACAAGGACAAUAAGAACUGCAGUAAAGAUGGUAUGUGUGGCAAGAAUAUUUUCCAGCUGCUGAGGCACAGAAGGGAUGGAGGCACCCAGGAAGGGAGAUCGUUACCUCUUAACUUCACACCGUCGUCAUCGACUCAGCUCAGCUCGGCCCUCAUCUAGCCCCAGAACCAGAAACACUCAGCUAUUAACUACAUGGUCAUCAUUUACACUCCAUCAACUACAACCCGAGAAGCUACCCGCGAUACAUGCAAACCAACAAGCAUCUGCAAAUGAGCAAAUUGAAAUAAACAGAAGCAUAAAAAGCUACAGACACAAACCAGGUCUCUUGAAUCCAGCACAUCAUAAUCAUGCGUUAAGCAAAACUCUGUAAAAAUGAAGUGAGGCCUCUAAAAACUUGAAGUCAUGGAUUCAUGCAAGCCUUCCUCUUAUUAGCAGGGACUUGAAGUGGAAUGUGACGUGCACACAAGGAGGUUUUGAGCCUCCGCUGAGGAAGAAAGCUGAAGAGAGUAAUUCUUGCUGGACUAACAAGGGAAAGCUGUGCUUAGUGCUCGCAAAAGGGGAACACAGAUAACACUGAUGAGCGAUACUGAGGGUUAACCACAGGAAGACACUCGCUUCUCAAUUUAUGGAUCAGAGCAGCAGUGUCUUGUGUGUCUUUUUUUUGGCCAGUUAAAAGCAUUUGUAAGCGUGCAAGUGUGUUUGUGCAUGUUUACUAAACUGCGCUUGCAGGGGGGAAAAAUCAGGAGAAUGUAAGUCGCAGCUGAUUCACAUCUCGUACAUAAAUUUCCAUCUGUUUGGCGCUAAAAAAAAAAUCUGCAUUUAUAAAAGAAAACUAUUAACAUUAAUAAUGUGGCAAAUGAGAGAAGGGAGAGAGAGAAAGCAGACAUUUUGCAGGAUUGUUUCAUUCAGGUGUUAUCGUAGUGAUUCGGGCACACAGAGCAGACAGCUGUGAUGCUUUGACACACGAGCAGGAACAUUUAUAGACUGACGUUGCACUUUAUCGACAGUAUUAACAACCUCCAAACAUGGGAGAUGUAAUCUAAGACACAGAUAGUGGGCAUAAUACUGGAACAAGCCUGUACUUAGUUUACUUUUUAUUUUUGACUGACUGCCAUGUGCAGAGCCAUGCAUUAAACUUUAACGUAUUUAUAGUAUUAUGUGAACACUCCAUGAAAAUGUAGAUUGUAGAGCAGCAUUGGAGAAGGAUCAAGACAAGCGGCAGUGCAGUUGAGUUUGUGCGUUGUGCAUUACCCAGAAGAGACAGCAGGGGUCCUUCUCCUCCUUCCUGCUCCCCGUCUGGUAGUGAUUACUUUGUCUCUGAGAACUCCCGCAGGAUUUAUAAUAGGCCAGUAAUUCAAAUGGCCUUUACGCACAGCACUAUCUAUCUCUGUAGCUGGUACUUUGCCGUACUGUUAAGCCACUCAUGCACUCCAGAUUCAGGUUAAGUGGGACGAGAAUUUCAUAGCAAAAAGGGUGGCUUGCAUCCUUCAUCAACAUGAUAGAUAUGAGGAUAACUGCACAUUCACUGAAGGCUUCGCAGCAACUAAACACAUAAUAACUGCAGUCUAAUGUGAUAAACUGUGUAGUUUAACGUCCCUCUAAAGAAGCCCAGUUAAUGCUCUAAAAUAAUUUAAUAAGGUUUUUUUUUUUAUCUGAUGAUAAAAUAGAAACAACAAAUAAAUAACGAAAGUAAUUACAGCUCAUCACAUCAUUCACAACUUAUACAUGUUGACAUUAAAUAUUAAUCAUUGCUCAGUGCAAUAUUGUGAUGUGACUACAUUAUUCAUCAAAUACGAAACGAUCUAUUGUAUUCUAAAAUAAUAUAGAGGGGCAUUUUGAAAGUUCAUGCUUUAUUCAGCAGAUAGUGCAUGUUCAGUUGCUACUGGCUUUUAUAAGACAAGUCUCCUUAUUAUAGGGAUAUUUUCCAAAAUCAAUACACUGUAUAUCAUGAUAUGGCUAAUGUAUGAAAGAUCACAUGUAAAAUGAUCAAACUGAUGUUCAAAGCAAAGAACUGUGUUCCAAAAACUUCAUAUAUGUGAAAACAAAAACUUCACAGACACAUUUUCUAAGGUUUAAUCACAGCUUGCUCUGAACCAACAGAAAAAUGUAAAACAAUAACAUGAUAAGAUCGUACAAUCACAACAUGAUGCCACUGAAUGUCAAUAAACGAUAAUAUCCAAGUUCGGCCCAGCCCUACCGCCUUUUUUAGCUCAUUAUGAGAAUGUUAACAGUUUUUUAUUAUCUGCAAGCAAGUAAAGAGUCCUAGAUUGACACCCUGCUAAAAGUGCUUGUUAUAAUGAUGGUGCUGUUCACAAAAGCCAUUUUGGGUGAUUAAUGAGCUUCAGCAGACCUUGGUGGGCGCAAAGGAGGUUUAAUUGAAUGUGUUGAGCCUUGACUUGUGAGAUUGAAUGUGCAAUCCUAAAAGGCCGAACGCAUUUCCCAGGAUUCUUGUCUGUUUACUGGGCCGCAUCUGACAUGGUCGAUUGUCUGAUCUGCCCGCACUCAAGUGUGCACUCUGUUUUCGCUCACCUCUCUUUCUCACUCUCUCUCUCAUUCUGACUUCAGUUAAGCCUCGCUUGCCACUUGCGUUAUUUAUUUCAGUAAGAUAUAAAACUCAGCAUCUCUGUUGUUAAGUUGUUCAUCUGAUAAGGUUUGGUUUUUUAAAGAGUCACGCUAAAAAGAGGAUGGAGAUUGACAACCUGCAGAUCCUUUGACAUGUUGAAAUGUAAAAUUUAAGACAAGGGUUUGGUUACGUCGCUUACUGUAAUAAAUUGUAACAUAUUCUUUUAAAUAAACUGAUUUAUUGAUGCAACGUU